AUGGAUUCAUCCACAAAGAUUUUUCAACGUAUUCUAUACGCAGAAGCAUUAACUACUCCUAAUUGGAAAAGAUAUUUCUCCACUUUAACUGACGCUGGUGUAACAUCAAUGGAAGAAUUUCUAUCAAUAGAGGACAAAGAUUGGGAUGUGUUUGAAAUUCCAAUACUGCUAAAGACUCGUCUUCAACAGUUCAAAACCCGAUUCACCAAUAUGCAACUAUCAAGAAAUAAUAGCUUUUCACAACCUUUUCAGCAUAAUGAGAUAUUUAAUAAUUUUGAAUUUGUGCCUCAACUUAUGUGUGAACAAUAUUUUAUCGAUGUACCUAUGAAUGAUAUUGCUAUUCAGUUGCCAAAAGCAAUAUAUACUGUGGAAAAAUCUGGUCACGGCGGUAUUACAGAGCAUCAAGCAAUCAUGAUAGCACUCUAUUGUCAAGAAGGAACAGGUCAAACAAAUUCAUUUUAUUAUUUACUUAAUAAAUGUUUACGAGAACGAGAACAGAAUCUUAUUGGCUUGCGGCCAGCUAUUUAUCUUCUUGAUUCAGCAUUGCGAACUUUACCAAAAUUUAAUGGAAUUACUUGGCGUGGUAUAAAUGUUGCUCCGGAUCUAAGGAAAUUUAUUGUUGGACAAGAAGUAUGUUUUGCAGGAAUUUGUAGCACUUCAACAGAUAAGAAUAAAGCACUCUAUUUUAUGGAUAUUUCUCCCCCAUCUCGUACUCAUAAGCAUACAUUAUUUAAAAUGCAUGUAAAUGCUGGUGUUUUUAUACAACAAUGGAGUUGCAUCAAAGAUGAGAGUGAAGUAGUUACUCCAUUUUGUUCGCGAUGGAAGGUUCUUUCGAUAAAAACUGAUCAAAACGAAUCAUUUGAUGAUAUCGAUGAUUACCAUUGUGAUUAUAUUAUUGAAUUAGAACAAAUUGAAGGUGAAUUAUUAUUUCCAAAUCAUGAAUCGCCAAUCGGUUUACAUUUGCUAAGUAAAAUUAAUUUUCAAGAUAAUCCUGAAAUAUUAAAAACAGAUUUUAAAGCAAAAUUCAUUAGUUUCUUUGGUCAAUUGACUGAUACAACAGCUAAAUCUAUUUUAGAAACAUUCUUAGGAGAGGAUUGGGACAAGAAAACAUGUAUUUUUCAAGCUAGUUGUGGUAAUGAUAAAAUUAUCUUUGAUCAUUUUACACAGUUUCUAGGUGGCAUACAUAAUUUAUUACAUGAGUUUCAAAGUCUAAAUGUUCAUAUUAAAAAUAGUUUUCGUAUAAGUGAACGUCAUAAUAUAUAUUCUGAACGACAAUUGUUAUGGUGUACGGAUGGAUCGGAAAGAACAGUGAAACAACUAUGUGAUAUGGGAUUUUCUCGUGAAUGUGCUAAAAAAAUCUAUGAACAAGAUGCAUUGAAACAAGAAUUAGAAGUGAAAUAUAAAAGUUCUAAAUUAGAUUUACGUGGAACUGCUGAAGAUCCGAAAAAUGUCGGUCGAUGGCUAUCUGAUCUACGAUUCAAGCAUUGUGCUUGGCAUGACGGAUGUUUAAUUGGCUAUUAUGAUCUUGGAAAGGCUAUGGUCAAGAGUGUAAAAGAUAUAACUCCAAAAAUGAAUAAAUUACUUAGUAAAACGGUUUUUCGUAGCGAUAUUGUUCGAUUUUCAGAUACUGCCACCCUGUCGUUUAAUUUGCAAUGUUCAGAUUUAAUUAUUGGUACAGCAAUAUUUGCUGUUGAGCUUGGUAGUUUAUGUAUUCAAUUAUACUGUGGUGAUAUAACUUUUAAACAAUUUUUGAAGUCACUAACGACUUCUGCCGUUGCUAUAGCUGCUGGUGCUAUUGGUGCUUCUAUUGGAUCAUGCUUUGGUGUUACUUUAAUGAUGUAUCUUGGAUUUCUCGGGUGGCCAGUGACUGCAGGCGCACUAAUUGGUACCCUUGCUGGCGGUUUAGUAACGGGUGUGGGGUUUGAAAUGUUCUAUCAAAAAUUUCUAAAACAUCUAGCUCCUGAUGGUGAGAAGGAAGAUAUGAAUGCUCUUAGAAAACUAUACCUUGCUGCUCUUACAACAUUGAAUUGUACACCUGAUAGUACGAUGACAACAAUUAAAAGAGCCUAUUAUGAAUUAGCUCUACGAACACAUCCGGACAAAUUCGAAAAUAAGCAAUCUGCAAAAGAAGAGUUUCAAAAAGUGGUAGCAGCAUAUGAGAUUGCAAAAAAUUACCACGAAGUUCUUGAAAAUGCUUUUCAAGCACUCAAUGUUCCUAAUAACAUAAGUAUUACGGAGCUAGAAGAAUGGGCAAAAAGGAAUCGUUGUGAUGGUGAAAAGGAGAAAGCCUACAAAAUUAUAUAUCGUCAUCUAACUUGCAGCAGAGAUAAAAUGAAAUGGUUAAGGGAUCAAGCGGAUAGUGAUCGACAAUUAAAACUGAAUGAUUCAAAAUCUUUGUCAGUGGUGAAGAAAUAA